GACCGCGGCGGUAGGCGUGGCAGGACGGCACGUGGAUUGGCAAGAGCGGCGGCGGCUACGGGGAUCCCGUUGUUGCUAUUUCUUGAUCUGGGGAGAGUCAGGGAGUGCGACGGCCAGCGCACAUCCGCCAAGAACACUUCCACAACUAGCUGUAGAGUGAACCUAUUGCUCCAAGAAAAAGAAAAAGAACAACAGUUCCAGUUCCUCUGGAACAACAGAAGAACAGCCAUCCCCAUAUGUGGUGAUAUUAGAACAAAAACAAAAAUUAAUAAUUACAGCAGGAAUGUACCAGGAAAAUCAUUGGAAAAAUUCAAUAAGGAGAAAAAAUGAGAAAUUAUCUCUUCAGAAAAUAAUGCACAGUGUAUUGCCAGACUAGGUAUCCUGUUUUCAGAGUUCUAUGGAGCAGUGACUGGACAUCUCUUCCCUUCAAGGUAUAAUCAUGACAACCAGCAGCCGUGCGUGUUCUGUACCAACAGUCACUGGACAUAUGACUCAUUUCCCUGGACCACCAUACCCAUUACUUUUUCCUCCUGUCAUUGGAGGGCUCUCACUUUCAACUCUUCAUAGCAUUCAGGGCAAUCCAUCAACCAAUCGAUACAACAUUCCUUCACCAGCAACUAUGGGACAAAGGAUUGUUGAAUAUAUACCAUUAUCUAAAACAAUUGAAACUCAGAGCACCAGUUCUGAGGAGCUUGUUCCCAGUCCACCUUCCCCGCUUCCUCCCCCUCGUGUUUACAAGCCCUGUUUUGUUUGUCAGGACAAAUCUUCUGGAUAUCACUAUGGUGUCAGUGCUUGUGAGGGGUGUAAGGGUUUUUUCCGCAGGAGCAUUCAAAAGAACAUGGUUUAUACAUGUCACCGAGAUAAGAACUGUGUUAUUAAUAAAGUCACUAGGAAUCGCUGCCAAUACUGCAGACUACAGAAAUGCUUUGAAGUGGGAAUGUCCAAAGAAUAACUCUAGUGCGGACCAUAGAGUUCGUCUGGACCUUGGGCUUUGGGACAAAUUCAGUGAACUUGCAACAAAGUGCAUUAUUAAAAUAGUGGAAUUUGCAAAACGAUUGCCUGGUUUCACAAGUUUGACAAUUGCAGACCAGAUCACACUACUUAAGGCUGCUUGCUUGGACAUUUUGAUCCUUCGCAUUUGCACAAGAUACACCCCUGAACAAGACACAAUGACCUUUUCUGAUGGCCUUACGCUAAACCGAACUCAGAUGCAUAAUGCUGGAUUUGGUCCCCUGACAGAUCUUGUGUUCACAUUUGCCAAUCAGCUUCUGCCGUUGGAAAUGGAUGACACUGAAACUGGCCUACUUAGUGCCAUCUGCUUAAUUUGUGGAGACCGCCAGGAUCUCGAAGAACCAACAAAAAUAGAUGAACUACAGGAGCCAUUACUAGAAGCUCUCAAAAUAUACAUCCGAAAAAGAAGACCCAGCAAACCUCAUAUGUUUCCAAAAAUCUUAAUGAAAAUUACAGAUCUGCGCAGUAUCAGUGCAAAAGGUGCUGAACGUGUUAUUACACUGAAAAUGGAGAUCCCUGGAUCUAUGCCACCUCUUAUCCAGGAAAUGUUGGAGAACUCAGAAGGACAUGAACCAUUGACACCAAGCUCAACAGUGACCACAGCAGAGCACAGUCCAAGUAUUUCCCCAAGCUUGGUAGAUAAUAACAGCGUCACUCAGUCUCCUUUGGUGCAGUAAGACAUUUUCUCUAAUGAAAUUCCUAACUCUUGAUGCACAAGGAUGACAUAGCAUAUUCUCUCUACGGCUGCUUGUUUUCUGGACUUUUACAGACACUACAACCCAAAAGGACCAAUAAUUGUUCAUAUGUAUCUAUAUUGUGUGAAGGUAUGUGUGUGUGCGCGUGCGCGCUGACACACACAGAGUAAGUUCCAUUUCUUCUCUACAUUUGUAGGACUAUGCUCUGAAUCUCUGAUUUCAUGAAAUAAACAAACUGAUAUGUUGCUAUUACUUCUUUUGAAUAUCCAAAAUUGCAAGUGACAAGAUUGAUCUCAAAGAGGUUUAAAAGUCGUGGUUAUACCAUUUCUGAUGACUUUGUACAUAUAAAAUAUAUGAAUAUGUACUUUUUAUCCUGGAUGUUUGAUGCUUUCCCUUUUUAAAUGUGUACAUGAAAUGCCCAAGACAUCCCUUAGAAAUGGAUAACAUACUUGUCUGGAUAAGAACAUUUUAAAAGACAGUCUUAGUUAGGAUGAAAACUUAUCAUUGCUCUUUUUAAAGACCUCAGUGUAUUACUUAUUUCCCAGCAAAAGAUCAAAGAAUUUCACUGCAUUAGCAGAAGUAACUUUUGUGGGAGUGUAACUGCCAGCUCAGUUAUUUGAACAUAAUUUGUUCUAUUGUUAAUGUCACUUUAAAUAUAUACAAAGGGUUUCUUACUUUAUUGAUUUCUCUACUUUUAAAAAUACUGAAAUUUUACUUCAUUUAUAGCCUUAAAGGCAAAAACACUUUACAGUGUUAUUUUACUUUUUCACAAGCUAUUAGGUAACUUGGUGAAAUAAUAACCAGGCAUAAUCACUACCUCUGAAUCGGUGGCACUAGUGGGAAAAAAACCACUCUGGAGAAAGUGUUCCUCAGUCCUAUCAUUCUUUCUGUGGCAUCACAGGACUGGCACUGGGACACCUUGAAACAGAUGAUGGAAUCUGUCUCAAUGACCUUGCUAAUCACCAUAAAACAGUGAAAAUGUGGUAGAAUUGUUACACUUUUUUAAAGUGUCAGGUUUUUUUUUAGGUUUCAUUAAAAGCACUAGUGGAUUUUUUUAUAUAUUCUAGCAAAUCUGUGAUGUACUUUCACUGGCUCUGUUUGUACAUUGAGAUUGUUUAACAAUGCUUUCUAUGUUCAUAUGCUGUUUACUUUUUUCCAUGAAUUAUCUUGGCAAAAAAUAAAAUAUAUUUAUUUUGACCCUGUAUAAACAAAAUUUAUUUAGAGAAAGCUCUGUACACAAGUAAAUGGUUUUAUAUUUUUAAUGUUUAAACUUCAUUUCAAAAAGUUGCCGUUUGCAACCAUGACAAUUAAAAUGUGUGCUUUUUGCACAGCUCUCUAGAACAUUUCUACAAGCCGGUCAGACACAUGACAUUUCAAUGAGUAAAAAAGAGCAUAAAACUGUAA